CUUUCGGCGAUACUGCCAGAUGCUACUUACAAGAGGCGUGUCAAGUAUUACAGGACAAUAUAUAUGUGCUAAAUGAAGAACGAAGUGGACUUCGAUUGGAACGUCAGGAAGAAGAAAAACUGAACAAACUAAACAACGAACAACGAACACGAUUAAAACGAAAACUUGAAGACCUGUGCAAAAACAGCCCAUGGAAAGAGGCAGGUAACGUCGACAUUGUUAUGAACUUAUCAUCGCGAACGCUAAACGACUACGAAUCCGAAGCCUUAGCUCUUGGACUCAAGUUUGAUUCCGGAAGAGAUAAGUAUUCGUUUGCGGAUCAUGUGGAAAGGAAUUACAGAUGGAAUGAUAGCGACGUCGAGAAGGGAUACAUCCAAGGGAUUUUGACGUGCUGUAAAGCUUUGUCAGAUAAACAACCGGGUAGCCUACCUAGAAGAUAUUUAAAGGCGCUGCGGGAUUUGGCCAACGAUAGUGGUAUCAUAGUAACCCAAGCCGAUAAGGGCGGUGGAAUAGUGAUCAUGGAUAGAGCACAGUACAUUCAGAAGAUGCAAGAUUUGCUGAGCGAUAAAGAUACGUACGAAAAGAAAGGGUCUGGUUUCAAUGACAAAGAAAACAAAGUGUUCAACAAAGAAGCAAGAAAAAUCCUGAAACGGUCCGAACGGGGAAAGAAGUUACAGCAUGCCUUAGAGGAAGCACCCACCGCUCCAAAAAUGAGGGGUCUUCCUAAGGUACACAAAAGUGGUACUCCUAUGCGCCCAAUCACAUCCGGGAUAGGAAGUGCUCCACACAAGCUAGCAAAAAUAUUGGCAAAGCCAUUGACCAAUGCUUUGGGGUCUAUCAGUGGAGCGCACAUCAAAAACACUGCGGAAAUGAUGGAAACGUUAAAAGAAGUACGACAAGUUGACGACAAAAAGCUAGCAAGUUUCGAUGUUCGGUCACUUUUCACAAAUGUUCCGGUCGAUGAAGCACUAGAAGCAAUAAAAGAAGUCGUCGAUGAAAUGGAUGAAAACGCUCUGCCGCUACCGAAAAACGAUUAUCUAAAGCUGGUGUCCAUGUGUAUGCACUUCGGAUCAUUUACAUUUGAUGGUAUCGAAUACCUUCAAAAGAGUGGACUGGCGAUGGGGUCACCUCUCAGUCCGGUGGCUGCCUGUCUAUUUAUGGAAAAGCUAGAAAAGUCAAAAUAUAGCAACAUUAUCGGAAGUGACUCGACCUGGAUACGUUAUGUUGAUGACGUCCUCGUAGUAGUACCGAAGAACAUGAAUUUAGAAGAUAAGUUACAAGAUUUGAAUGAGGUCCACGAAAAGAUACAAUUUACUAUAGAGAAGGAAGAAAACGAUGAACUGCAUUUCCUCGAUACAUGCAUCAUCAAAAGCGAGAGCCGUUUCAAAUUCAAAGUGUUCCGGAAACCAACCAGCAAAGAAGACUAUGUCCAUUUCUACUCAGGUCACAGUGAGAAAGUAAAAAGUGGAAUAGUGAUUGGGUUCUUUUUGCGUGCUUUUCGUGUAUGCGACGACGAAUAUUUACAAGAUGAGAUCGAGCAUAUCUACUCUUCGUUUAUGAGGCUCAAGUACCCAAAAGGAUUUUUGAUCAAACAAAAAGAAACGGCCAAGAAGAUAAGAAACAGGUCUCAGAGGGAAGCGAGGCCAAAGUCGAAAAGAUGGAUAACGAUUCCGAACUCGAAAGAAGCCAACGAAAUAUCACGAACUCUACAGAAGGGAGGUGUGAACGUGGCGAUCAGUUCUGGAAAGAAGAUAGGCGAACUGAUCGAACGACGUAAAACGAAACAUGGUUCCGAAGCGAAUGCGAAAAGUGUUGUGUAUGAAAUUCCAUGUAAGGGGUGUGGACAAAGUUACGUAAAGUUUUGUUACAAGUUUGAGAUGCUGCUGGAUUUGAAGUAA